GGGACUGGGAAGGCCGCGGGGGUAAUCGGGGAGUCGCUGCUAUGGCCGGCGUCUUCGACAUCGACCUGGAAACGGAGGAGGGGAGCGACGGGGAGGAGCCUGAAUUGGGGGCCUUGGACGUGGACCCCGAUUUUCACAGCAGUGGCCCGGAGCUUGUGCCAGGACAUUAUGAGGAAAUUGAAAUCUCUGAGAAUAUUGUUAACAAUGGCCCAGAGCGCAUCGGACCCCACUGCUUUGAGCUGCUGCGUGUUUUGGGCAAGGGCGGCUAUGGCAAGGUGUUCCAGGUACGGAAGGUACAAGGCACAAAUGCUGGGAAAAUCUUUGCCAUGAAAGUCUUAAAGAAGGCCAAGAUUGCCUGCAAUGCCAAAGACACAGCGCACACAAAGGCUGAGAGAAAUAUCCUGGAAGCUAUUAAGCACCCAUUCAUUGUGGACCUCAUCUAUGCCUUCCAGACUGGUGGCAAGCUGUACCUUAUCCUCGAAUGCCUGAGUGGUGGAGAGCUCUUCAUGCAGCUUGAGCGAGAAGGCAUCUUUCUGGAAGAUACAGCCUGUUUUUAUCUAAGUGAGAUCGUCCUGGCCCUCGGCCACCUCCAUUCCAAGGGUAUCAUCUACCGGGACCUGAAGCCGGAGAACAUAAUGUUAAACAGCCAAGGACACAUUAAGCUGACAGACUUUGGGCUUUGCAAAGAAUCUAUCCACGAUGGUGCCGUCACCCACACUUUUUGUGGCACCAUAGAGUAUAUGGCCCCAGAGAUUCUGACGCACAGUGGCCACAACCGUGCUGUGGACUGGUGGAGCCUUGGUACUCUGAUGUAUGACAUGCUCACUGGAUCGCCCCCUUUUACAGCUGAAAACCGCAAGAAAACAAUCGACAAAAUCCUGAAGGGGAAGUUGGUCUUUCCUCCUUACUUGACGCCGGAUGCUCGUGAUCUGCUGAAGAAGUUCCUCAAAAGGAAUCCCAGUCAGAGGAUUGGGGGUGGACCAGGUGAUGCUGCAGAUGUACAGAGACAUCCCUUCUUCCGACACAUUAACUGGGAAGAUUUACUGGGCAGGAGAAUUGACCCGCCCUUCCGGCCGUCCCUGCAAUCAGAUGAUGAUGUCAGUCAGUUUGACACCCGCUUCACCCGCCAGACCCCCGUGGAUAGCCCUGACGAUGGCUCCCUCAGCGAGAGUGCCAAUCAGGCUUUCCUGGGCUUUACCUAUGUAGCUCCGUCAGUGCUGGAGAGCAUCAAGGAAGGCUUCUUCUUUCAACCCAAACUCCGAUCGCCACGACGUCUCAACAGCAGCCCCCGCACACCCGUGAGUCCUUUAAAGUUCUCACCCUUUGAGGCCUUCAAGCCAAGCACAGCCGUGGAAGCGAUGGAGCUCUCUGCCCCUCCCUUCGUUCCUGUGCCAGAAGUCACUGCCCCGCUGCCUAUCAAAACACCAUCCGGCAGCAAGAAGAAGAAAGGCCGAGGGCGGGCACGGUAGCCGGGGCAUCACGGAGACCAGUGAACUGUCUGCCUGACAGAGGAGAGCUUGGAGGAGGGGGGAUACACCUGUGCCUUCAUGCCCUGAUGGGGAUCACAUAAUUCUCCUCCUCUCCCCAUUGCUAGAGGGCCACUCUCCCUCCUAGUUGCAGAGGCCUGCUGUAUGGGAUUGGUGCAUUCCCCAGUGAAGGGACUAAUCUCUGUGCAAAAGAGUCUUUCAGUUCAGUAUAUCAUGGCAAGAAUAGUAGGAGCUU